AUGACAUUCCUUUUUCGUUUGUUCAUUUCCUUGUUCACCUUAGUAAAAAUUACUACUUCAGAGGAAAAUUUAGUCACCAAGGAAACAGACAGCCCUAUAUUUUACUAUGGAUUCAUAAAUAAUGAGGGGUAUCAACAUUAUUUGCCAUCUAAGGAUUCUAACAUACUGGGCGAUAGAGAUAUAGUAAGAAUAUCCUGCAAUAAAGGUUACACGGUGGUAGUUAGGAAGGCAUCAAUAAUAGACUUAAACGAAGAAGAAAAUGACUAUACAAACAUGGCGAAAGAAAUAUGUUCCAAGAAGGAACAGUGUCAGAUCGACGUGCCGAAAUUUAAAAGAAAAACCAACAAUCCCCAUCUGGAUUUUUCCUCUGAAUUAUCAAUAGAAUACAUUUGCAUGAGCUCUCAAAAAAAUCUUUAUGACGGAAAUAUCUUCCACCAAGGAGUUACACACAAAUAUCUCGUACUACGGGAUCAGUCUCUGGCAUGUGUUCAGAAAAGCAAAGAAGUUAUAAAAUUUAUAUCCAUUUCAAAAGCUUUAGAAGCAUGUACCUUAAAUAAUUGUAAAUAUGUUACAUGGAAUGAUGAAAACAAAAGGGCGAUCAUCUGCACAGCCGAUUCUUCGGAUAAUUUUAUAGAAAAGAAGAAUAACAUAACAUAUAUGAACCCUACCUAUUUUUAUACCAACGGAUACACAACAUUUUUGAAUUAUAUGUCUAUUUGUGAUCAAAUUUUGAAAAGUGCACCUUACAACUUAAGCAUUCAAAAGUCAAUUGAUGUUUGUGCCCAUUUAGAUUGUGACUAUUUUAUUAAAAGCUAUGCUGGAUCCAUAAGGUCCUUAAACAAUCACGGGAAUGGCAAAACAUGGUUCUGCAAGGGUUUUCCUACGAUUAUACCAAUGGAUGGAUUCGUCACGAGUGUCAAAUUGAGCAAAUUUACUUAA